AGGGUAAAGUAAAUUGAAAGGAUGGAUGGAGUCGUGAUUGCAGUGCUAUCUAUCAGUUUGAUUCUCUUGUUUUUAGUGAAGACGUUGAUUCUCAUCUUAUUGCACAGGUCAACUAUUUUGAAAUGUUGUCAAAACAAACCAGAAGUACAAAGAGUUCAAGUUGAUCGGGUUAAAGUUAACGCCAUUAAUGCGUGGGAGGAAAAAGUGUCGCCACAGCCGAUUAAAGUAUCCCAAAUUUUCUCUGUUUGCGAAAAGGAAUCGCUAAGUGUUCGAGGUGAAGAUGAGAUAUCUGAGAGCGAUUUGGAAACUUUAAGUUUUGUUGAAAAUGAGAGAAUUGCUGAAGCCGCAGCGAAGAAGGAAUUAGAAGAAAGUGAAAUUAGAAGUGUGGACUUGGAGAGCAAAAGUAACACACAUGAAAUAAACCCAACCGAAGCUAUUUUGACAAAUCAGAGCGAAAACAACAAAGAAAAAAGAAAGAAUGACUUGAUCAAUGCAAUUACGAACCGAGACAUAGAGAAACUGGAGCGUGCGAUUGAGUGGGCGAUCUUUGAUGGCUAUGACGUAGCACUACGAGAAGAAAUAUAUGAAGCGCGAGAACGGAUGAAGCAGGAAAUUAACUUAGAGCGAAUGCGCGAGUCCGUGAAAAAUAUGAAACAAAGCGUCAUUUCCGAGUUAAGAAGUUACUCCAAGCCCCCAAAAGCUGUUCGUGACGUCAUGAUGUGUGUGUAUCUUCUCUUGCAAGUCAGAAAAGAAGAUGAAAUUAAAACAUGGUUGUCAAUACAACGUCUAAUGAGUCUCGGUGGAAGAAACUGUUUGAAGAGAUUGAUUGAAACAUUUCGAGCUGAUGACGUCAGCUGUGACGUCACCGCUCGAGUGAAAGAACUGCUGGGAAAUUAUGAUUUUCAGCAUAUUUACGAAGUGAGCGAGGGGGCAGCUGUAUUUUAUGUUUGGAUCAUGGAAGUUAUAGAAGAGGUUGAAGCUUUAAAAGGGGAAGAUAUUAAAUCUGCUACUGACUAAACGUUACACACUGUAUCUAAAUUAAUUUUAUUGUGUACAUUAUUCCUGUUUUGUACUGUAUACUGUACUGUACUGUAUUAAAAUAUGCAAUAAAAUAGUGCUCACCGUA